AUGGCCACCACACUACUGGAUUCAAAUUCGCCAACAACUGCACAGGCCCACAGCAAUUGGGUUGUGCAGAAAUUCGGCGGCACUAGUGUUGGCAAGUUCGCGCUCAACAUCACUGAGCAGGUGGUCAAACCCAGCCUUGUGCACAACAGAGUUGCCGUUGUAUGUUCUGCACGGAGCAGUUCGACCAAAGCUGAAGGCACCACAAACAGAUUAUUGCGAGCAGCGCGGCAUGCCGAGAACCCUAACUCGCAGGAUUAUCUGGCAUUGGUGGAGGCUGUUCGUUUGGAACAUGUCAAAGUCGCCCAGGAAGAAUUGCAGUCGGCGGAAUUGAGGGAGCAGGCGAUUGCGGACAUCACCGGAGAAAUCGAACGAGUACUCAAGGUCCUCGAGGCCGCCCAGACCCUGGGAGAGAUCAGUGCACGCUGUGUGGAUAAGGUAAUCAGUGCCGGCGAGAAGCUGAGCUGUCGGCUCAUGGCCGCCUUGCUGCAAGACCGCGGGGUGGAUUCGCAGUAUGUGGAUCUGUCCGACAUUAUUGAUUUCCCUAUUGGCAACCACGGUCUGGAUCAGGACUUUUAUAAUAACCUGGCUGCGGCUUUCGGUCGCAAGGUCGAGGUUUGUGGGCAUCGAGUGCCUGUGAUGACCGGUUACUUCGGCCCCAUUCCCGGAGGUCUGCUCGAUCAGAUCGGUCGUGGAUAUACCGAUCUGUGUGCGGCUCUUGUCGCUGUUGGCACCCGCGCGCAGGAGCUGCAAGUGUGGAAGGAGGUUGACGGUAUCUUCACUGCGGAUCCCCGUAAAGUGCCCACGGCUCGCCUGCUCCCCACCAUCACCCCCGCCGAAGCCGCCGAAUUGACGUUCUAUGGAUCCGAAGUCAUCCAUCCGUUCACCAUGGAGCAAGUUAUUCGCGCACGGAUUCCCAUCCGCAUCAAGAAUGUCAUGAACCCGAGGAACGAGGGCACCAUCAUCUUCCCCGACUCUGUGGCCGAAUUAGAGAGAACCACACCAGGACAUGAUCCCCGUCUGUUCCGCACCCGGAGUCCCAGUUUCCUGAAGACCCCCAAACGGCCCACGGCAGUGACCAUCAAACACAAUAUCCUGGUCAUCAACGUACAUUCCAACAAGCGGUCGCUAUCCCAUGGUUUCUUUGCAGGCAUUUUCUCCGUGCUGGACAAGUGGCGCCUCUCCAUUGAUUUGAUCUCGACCAGUGAGGUCCAUGUGUCUUUGGCCCUUCACUCGGAGAUGCCCAUGCUCAAUGGCAACGGACGGGAUGAAUAUCAGAUCGUGAACGAGGAUCUCCAAGGUGCAUUGAAUGACCUCGGGCGGUAUGGAACCGUGGACAUCAUUCCUGAGAUGGCUAUCCUCAGCCUGGUCGGCAAACAGAUGAAGAAUAUGAUCGGCGUAGCCGGCCGUAUGUUCACUACUCUCGGGGAGAACAACGUGAAUAUCGAGAUGAUUUCGCAAGGUGCAAGUGAGAUCAAUAUUUCCUGCGUCAUUGAAGAACGAGAUGCCGACCGUGCCCUGAAUAUCAUCCAUACGAGCAUGUUCACCUUUUUGGACUAA